AUGUCCACCCUGUCCAAAGCGCAACACGAGGGUGUGCACUGGAUUCUCUCUGCCUUCCGUACCUCCCCAAUCGGAGGCAUGGAAGUUCUCGCCGGCAUUCCUCCCCUCCAUCUGCACAUCAAAAAGCUUGUGCAGCGAGCAGCUCUUUGCACCCUCCGACUCCUAAAUCAGCAUCCAAUAAACACUGCUCUCCACCUACAACAUCCGCACGAGCACUCGCCCCACAUCCCCUUCCCACUACAUUGCACUAGAGCAUCCUCCAACCUCCCAAUCCAGCUGAUUAGAGAUCUGAUCCCCAAAAACACCAAAUCCUUUGCUCCCCUACACCCGGAAGUGCAACCUGGCAAACGAGUCAUUGACACAUUCGCAGACCACAUCACCUUCCGACUUUUGCACCCCCCCAAGUCAUCCCCUGAAUUCCCUGCCUGGGUCCGCGACCUCAAGCGCCGCAUAGCAGCGGAAUCCUCAUCCAACAAUACCACGACCUGCUUCUCAGACGGCUCAUUCUCCCCCUACAAUGGCAGACAUGCGGGCUGCGCGUGUCUAGUGCUCCCACCCAACUCCGACCCACCCAUCAUCCGCAAGCUUGCCUAUGGGCAAACUACUGCCUUCAACGCUGAGGUUAUGGGCCUCACCAUUGCCCUGCACCAUGCCAUCCUCACUCCCAAUACCUUCAACAUCAUCCUAUAUGCAGAUAACGAAGCUGCGUUAAAAUCCCUCCUUGACCCAAGAGUUCAUCCAUCCCAGAUGUGCUCUAUCUUAGCAUGCCAGAGGCUAAGAGCAUGGCUCUCCGCCACCCUCAACCGUCACCUUACCAUUGCCUGGUGCCCCGGCCAUGUCGGCAUCCCUCGCCAGGAGCAAAAAGCCUACACCUCCAUGCUUGCAGCAUGGCAGACCCUCAUGCAAUCCACCAAAUACAGUGGCCGCGACUUCCCUAGGCAACGCGCCUUCCAGAAGGUGGCUUCCACCAAGAGCAAGGUCCUCCGCCAGGUCGGACAACACAAUACGCUGGCUGCACGCACUGUCAGAUUAAUCCUCAAUCAUGGCCCUAUGGUGCCACGAGACACAAACAUGCAAGCACAUACUAUUCUGGUGCACUCAUUACCAGCGCCCGCCGGACUUCACGGUCACAAGAUACUUAUCUUGUCAUGA